GCUGGAGAAAAACAUUUUAUGAAAUAAAAUCUGGAGCAGAACAAAAAGCGUAAUAAAUUUCCGUAGAAAAACAAUGAAAAAGCAGUGAGACAACAAAGAGAAAGUGUAAUUAAAUGAGAAUUUCGUGGUAUGAAUUGAGUGAAAAUUGUGGAAAAUAAAUUUUUGUUUUCUCUCGUAAUGUGCAAAAAUUAAUGCGCUCAUCAAUUCCCUUUUGAAUACAAUGAGUCAAAAGUGAAAAACGGCAGACGCCGAAAAAGAAAAACGCCAAACAAAACGAAAAAAUUACAAAAAGAGGCAAAGGAUUAUUAAUGAAGCAUUUUAAGUGAACGGGCUCGGCAACGGAUCGUUAAGCAACAUUUUCCAGUCAAUGCCGGGGAAUAUAACAAAACUACUUUGCUUCAACCUAUAACAACAAGAAAAUAAAGAAGAGAAUUAAAUAAAGCUGACUAAAAGCUUCAGUUACGGCCAACGAACAUUAAGAGAAAAGAACAAAAGGAGAACAAAAAAGAAAUUGAAUUUUAACUUGCACAACAGCAAGUUUUUCUUGUGUUUUUCUGAGAGGAAAUGAGUGCUGGAAAGUUCCAGCUAUUCAUAAGUAAAUUGAAAUGGAAAAUAUUGCGACUCAACUAUAGAUGUUGCAUACAAAUGGCCUCAUUAUAACCAGCCAGAAUUUGCAACUGAAUGGCUUUUGCAUUUAAAUUUUAAUCAGAAGCAUUGUGGACGACUGCAAGCAAGAAGAAAUUUUCUAAUAAUUCGUUGCUCUCCAGUGCAAAAAUCACUUCAUCAGAGAACAAGUUACAGAAUAUGCAAAACAGUGAAGCCAAUCCAAAAAUUGAAAGGCCUCGACAUUUGCAAUUGAAGACGACAUUUUACGACGAGAACGUCAACAUUACAUUCGCUUCAUCUUCAGACGAUGAAAGCUCACCCGAAAUGAAUUGCAAGAAAGUUAUCGACAAACCGACGUUGGUUAAACGUCUAACAAUGGGAUUACUGAGGAUAAAUGACCAAGAAAGUCGACCACUAGUCACGAAUCGCUCGUCACCAAAUUCACCCUCGCGUAAAAAUUACUUUUAUCAUUACAUCAAUGCGGGUAUUUAUGAUGUUGAUAAUAAAUUCGGUGAUUCCUGUCGACAAUCGCUAACAUCUAUCGUGUUAGAUUCAGAGAGUGAAAGCAAUCGAAACACAAUUGAGUUUGAUUUUAAGCGUAAUGUUAUAAGGGAGACAAGCAGUGCAAAUUGCAGUCCCAAGAAAUUCCUUUUAUCUUCAAUCAAACGCACAGAUAGUCUCAACGCUAAUCAUCAUAACACAUACCAUCAGAUUGAUGAAGACAUCGAGGAACUUGAAUUGAAGGAGGCGCCAUGGUUUCAUUCAGGAAUGCCAAGACAAAUGUCACUUGAAAUCUUAGCACAACAAAGUCCCGGGGAUUUUUUUGUUAGGAGGUGUAAUAAUAAAAACGGUAGCUUCACAUUGUCUUUGAGAGUUCCUGGAGCAUCACAUAAGAUUGCACAUUAUUUAAUCGUUAAGACUCAAAGAGGUUAUAAGAUUAAGGGUUUUCAUAAGGAAUUUUCCUCUCUUCGUGCUUUAAUCACGCACCAUUCUGUGAUGCCUGAAUCUCUGCCAGUUCCUUUAGCGCUCCCACGCCCCCUCAACAUCAACCGAAAGUGCAAAAACAUUGAUGACUAUGAUACUUAUGCGAGACUUAAAGAUUUAAGAUCAAUAUUCUCGGAUCUUGAUGUUAGUACAUAAUCUUUGGUUGACAAAGUCGACAGAUUAAAUUAACCCAUCUGAUUCUAAUGGUUAUUAAACUAGCGGCACAAGAUUCAAAAGAUUAUUAAAAUGUUUGUAAAUAGUUUCAGUUGAAAUGUUGCAUAAGAAUCAGGCGCAACUUUAAUAUUUUCUAAAAAUAUUUAAAAUGAAAGGAAACAAAAAAACUUUCACUUGGUUAGAAAGAUCGGAAAGUAAAAGAAAAAAAAUAUGUUGAAGCAUAAAAGUUGAAGAAAAUAAAAUUAUGUUAAGAUAUUUAUUUAAAUA